CUCAGUGAGAAGCUACAUCCAUUGCUGAGAAUAUAAAAGUAGAUCUGCAAAUAGCCCCUAGAAGUGUUCAUUUCCUAGAAAGUUUUCAUAUCUAGGAUGGCCGAAAAUAACCUCUUCAGCCGAGUCACCGUGCCGAGCCUCCUACAAUCUCCACAAGAACAGGAAGAGUUUAUACAUCCUUGGGGUUCUACUUUCUCUGUCAACAUUGAUUCUCCACUGUUACGAACGUGGGAUUAUUAUUCAGGUAGCCAACCCAACAACAGCGGCGAAUGUUUAGCAAGACUGCCUCGUGGGCGAUUAGACACCUCAGAAAUCCGAAAGGAUUAUCUGACUAUACACGCAGACCACAAGAUAUGGGAGCCGACCCCGUUCAUAUCAUUUACCCAGUCGUCUCAAGAACUGCAAGAUAAUGCCAACUGGAGGAUGAGCAAAAGAGGCAGUCAAACAAUUACGGUUGUGAAUGCGAAUGUUCGUGUUGAUAAAGGUCUUCCCGUUCUGAAUAUGGCGGACGAAAUGCGUUAUUAUGGAGUCUCCGACCCCUACAACAGAAGGGAUGAAUAUUACAGGAAUCACUAUAUAUGCUUAUGGGAAAUUACGGAAGAGGAGAUUGUCGGCAAUUGGGAAUGGGAUGAGCUACUCAGAAACGGUUGCUGGUAUGAGCAAGUUAUCUUGCCUGCAUUCAAGGAGCAUAAUAACCGAUACAUGGCUAGUAAAGAGGCAUUCAAACUGUCAGCGCUAUGGGAUGCUUUGUUCGAUGUUUAGGAGCUAUACAUACUUUAUGCUUCAAGGUAUCUCGGCUGCAGUGAGACUGAAGAAUUUGAAACUUGCUUGGGAGACGAAGCUUACUUCACUGAUAAGAUCCAAGAUUUACAGCUACAGCACAAUAGAUGAUGCGCUGAAACUGCUUGAAAAGACUGGAAAAAGACCAGACCUAGUACAAAGCAGCAAUCAGAUUUUCUGAUACUAUACUGUGAUAUGACUAGCU